UAUAGUAUUAGCAGCCAGCAAGAUAUAUACUAAUGAUUUCUAAAGUAGUUCUAAAAGCAGAUCCCAAUUAAGGUUCAGCGCUUUCUCCGGCUUCUAGCUGAAUUGCUAUAUACCUGACAAUGGGAUAGAAUCAAUUUUGCAGCCAACAAAGUGCGUGAUUAAGUGAAACGUUAGCAGGAGUUCGUUGAAAAGGAAAAAUGAAUCGAGCACGAUACGCCGGACUUUUACCCAUUAUGGCCGCUUUUUUCUCCAGGUUGGCCAACGAGAACGUCGAGUUCCAGAAGAAAGUUCUCAAUUUUAGCUACGACUACAUUGUUGUUGGCGGUGGUUCAGCUGGAGCGGUCAUCGCCAAUCGAUUGAGCGAGGAUCACUCCAAUACCGUGCUCCUUCUUGAAGCGGGAGGCACGGAAAACCAACUCUCGGAUGUGCCGCUAUUGGCAGCUGCAUUACAGGGAUCAGUGCUCGAUUGGCAGUACGAAACGGUACCGCAGACCAAGUCAUGUUUUGGUCUAAACGAUCGACGCAGUAAAUGGCCGAGAGGAAAAGUUCUCGGGGGAAGCAGUGUUCUCAAUUAUAUGCUUUACGUGAGGGGGUGCCACGAAGACUAUGACCAGUGGGAAUUGUUGGGGUGCGAAGGUUGGUCAUGGAAAAGCGUGUUUCCAUACUUUCUAAAAAGUGAGGACAAUCAAGAUUCUGAUAUACAAAAUAACGGUUGGCACGGAAAAGGUGGCUACUUGAACGUCGAACGGCCAAAGUUCAAUACUGAAUUAGCGCAAGCUUUUAUCGAAGCUGGAAAAUACUUAGGUUAUCAGGAGACAGACAUCAAUGGCGCGCGAUGUACAGGCUUUAUGAUCCCACAAGGUACGAUUCGAGGUGGAGCACGCAUGUCAACUUCUACAGCUUUCCUUGCGCCGGUGAAGGAUCGUCCCAACCUGCACAUAUCGCUCUAUUCUAUGGCCACCAAACUAAAUAUCAACAAAGAAACAGGCCGUGUUGAAUCUGUCCUUUUUGAUCGCUUCCAAGUGCCAACGUUAGCCUAUGUUAAAAAGGAAGUGAUUGUAUCCGCUGGCUCAAUCAAUUCGCCUCAGCUCCUGAUGCUCUCAGGCAUCGGUCCUUGUGAUCAUUUGACUUCACUGGGCAUCGAGUGCAAGGUGAACCUGCCCGUAGGUGAAAAUCUUCAAGAUCACAUUUUCGCUGGCGGAGUAAAUUUCAUUCUGAAGGACCCAGUUUCGAUUGUGCAAUCACGCGUGUUUACUAUGGACAUUAUACAAGCGUAUCAAGCUAAUGGCACGGGACCAUUGGCGCUUUUGGGCGGCGUCGAAGGACUCGGCUUUAUUAAUACGAAAUAUGCUGAUCCGUCGAAGGACUGGCCCGAUUUUGAGUUUCAUUUUGCCUCUGGUUCACCUGUGUCCGAUGGAGGGCAAGUUCUUCGAUUUGCACAUGGUCUUCAGGAACACGUCUGGAAAGCCGUCUAUUCAGAACAUAGCUACGAGGACAGCAUUUCAAUCUACCCCGUGAUGCUACGGCCUAAAUCCGUCGGAUGGCUCAAGUUGGCUUCAUCUUCACCAUAUGAUUAUCCCAUCAUCGAUCCAAAAUAUCUUCACCAUCCGGAAGACGUGUUAGCUAUGGUCGAUGCAAUGAAGAUUUGCAUAAAACUUGUGAAUACGCCUGCUUUCCGCCGCUACAAUGCUCAACUAUGGGACAAGCCCUUUCCUGAAUGCAAAGAUUAUGCUCUGUACUCAGACAAAUACCUUGCCUGUGUUGCUCGUACCUACACAGGUACGCUUUACCACCCAGUUGGCACUUGUCGAAUGGGGAAGGCCAACGAUUCUCGUGCCGUGGUCGACCCGCGGCUCCGCGUGCAAGGUUUGAAGAAUCUACGCGUCGCAGAUGCCUCCAUUAUGCCCACCAUUGUUUCAGGAAACACCAAUGCCCCAUCUAUUAUGAUAGGCGAGAAGGCUGCCCACAUGGUCCUGCAAGAUAACAGAAGCGCUAAUAAUAGCACUAGCCGUUGGCAGAGAUCGAUGUCAGGCAGCGCGGAUAUAAAAAGCGAAAAGCAUACACAGAAAAACGUAUCACAGCCAUCUGUCAUUGGCAUCUGAAAGCCGUCCCGUUAUCUCGCUCUGUUUUCCAUAGACCAAACCUGCGAAUUAUAAUAUAUAUAUAUUCACGUGUCCGUUCCCGAUACGUAAUUAAUUUUCAUAUAAUUUAUGUGCACAGAUAUCAUCGUGUAGGAUGAAGGGAAUACGCGUGCUCUGUCGCACUCGCGUGCGCAUCCUGUCGUCCGGCAAGAUCAAAUCCAGGGCUGCACGGGGUUUGUAACCAUCACAGUAAUUAGAUGAAGUCGGAAUUUCGUUAAAAGCAACAGUGAGUGAAGGCACUCCGUGUGGACGCCUUGCGGAAUGGAUAUCCUCCUAUUAGUUACAAAAGAAUGGAGUUUGAUGCGCGUUCCACCUAGAGAAAACACAGAAAUUCAAUAAAGUAUGGAGUAAAAAUGCAUC